AUGCCCCUUCCAAAACUAACAAUUGGUUCUGCAUGUUACUGCCGAAAGAUAUGGCUUUAUAACCUAGGAAUUCACGAUCGCACAAACAAGCAAGGAUUCAUGUAUUUGUGGACUGAAGAUCCGGCUAAGCGCGGAGCUGAUGAAGUUACUUCUGUUCUAAUUAAAUUUUUAGAAACUAAAUUAGAUUAUGAUGAACAUGUUAUUUUCACUGAUAACUGCCCGGGUCAGAAUAAGAACUGGCAGAUGAUGGCAUUUUGGUUGCAGUUAGUAAAAGAAAAAAAGGUUUUAAAAAACAACACAUCACUUUCUUGUUAG